AUGAAUUCAAACACGUCGGUCGUUUUGCCUGGCCAUCAGGCGGGGAGAAUGGCGACGGUGAAUUGUACAACCACUCCGUGGUCCACGAACAAUUACAGAUUACGACAUAUAGUCAGGGUACGCGAGUCACUUGGCCUGAUAGAGGUAUUACUGCGACCGCUUGACGUAUGUGGUGCUCUUAACGGCCGUUCCGCAAUAUCGCCAUCAAGUAGGGUCGACGCGACAAACAGGCGUUGCCAGCGGACGUAUCAGCAGCGGGCACGGCCACCAGGGAGGCAUAACUUAGGCGCUCCAGAGAGCCGGAGGCGGCGCGUCCGGCCACGAUUUACGGCCGGCCCGAUAGCGGCGCGGCGCAUAGUGAAAAAUAAUGGCGGACGGAUUGGCUUUAUUGGGCCUGUUAGGACCGGAGGCCUUCACGGCGUCACCCCGUCUGGUAACUCGAUCGCGUCACAGAAAUAUCCU